AUGGCAGCAGCAAAACCACCAUUAUUUGUCGCCGAGACGGUGACUGGCUCACACGUGCUGGAGGUCAAAGGAUACUCCGUAAGCAAGGUCCAGCUGGGCGUCGGCAAGAGCAUCGAUUCCGGUGUUUUCAGCGUCGCCGGUCACAGGUGGAUCCUUCAAUACUACCCAGAUGGCUUCAACGAGGAGAGCGCCAAUCACAUCUCUAUCUUUGUACAGAUAGAAAAUCCUGUCGCUAAGGCCGAAGUGAAAGCAAGAUUUUGCUUCAGUUUACUCAACCAUGCCGGAGAGCCGGUGUCCAGGUACACUCUUACGAGCAAAACACGCAUUUUCUCGUCCACCAAUGUAUCGUGGGGCUACCGUACAUUCAUAGAGAGGAAGGAGUUGGAGUCGUCCUAUCUCCGGAACGAUAGCUUCCAGAUCAAAUGUGACCUCACCGUCUUCAAGGACGUCGUCCGCAAGGAGACUACUCUAGCGGCGGCACCGGCGGCCCCGCCGCCUGACCUGCAGCGACAUCUUGGCAACCUCCUUGCAAGCAAGGUGGGAGGGGACGUGGAGUUCGAGGUCGACGGCGAGCUAUUCACGGCACACCGGUACGUGCUGGCCGCACGGUCGUCCGUGUUUAUGGCGACUACAGGAAAACUGGGCUUUGCCGACUGCUAA